AUGACAGGUGGCCCGGAAUCCCCAGGAAGCGGAAAUCUCCCCAACCGGGCACAGAAGCCUCCCAAAAAGUAUGUGACUCGUGCGUGUGAUGAAUGCAAGAGGAGGAAAUGUAAAUGCGACGGUUUAGAGGUACCGGGUGUCUUCUCAGCCUUAUUAGUGGUGGAUGCUAAUUCCCUCUGGAGCCUUGCUAUCGUUGCGUAUCUAUGGGACUCGGAGAGAAGUCUGUCUCCGAGAGAAAGACAGCAGCCGGUACGCACCAAUGGCGCACGUCCGCAGGGGACAGAGGGACAACAGCAGACGGAGGAAGACGAUAAAGGGGAUGCGAGUACACACACAUUCCUCAGUCGGGUAUACAGUCACCUGAAAUCUGUGGGCCAAUCCUUACCACGGAAUCUGUCCCGACCGGCGGAAGAGGUUCUCAGCGAAUAUCCUUUGAACACCUCUCUAAUUCCCCUGGACCGCCGACUAGCAGAGGAGUACAUUGAUUGUUUUCAUAGUCACUCAUGUGCAACUUAUCGCUAUAUUCCCCAAAGUCAGAGCAAGGAAUUUCUCCGAAAGCUCUAUUCCGAGGAUGAAAGUUUCUUGCAAGAUGAUGCCAGUAUGGCGGUAAUUUUACUGGUCCUCGCCGUUGGGUGCAUUUGGUACCCUUCUUUGCAUAACCGCGACAUAUUCGAGUAUAAGACCAAAGCUUCGCGGCUCUACGAAGCCGCACAAUCAAGGCUAGAGAAGGCAACAUCCGUGUUUCCGCCAUCGAUUCGGGUGAUGCAAGCACACUGCCUUAAAUGCCAAUUCCUCCUAGCAGUCAAUAUUUUCAACAGCGCUUGGCUAGCAGUAGGGACUGCUGUCCGCCUUGGUCAAAUAGUCGGUUUUCAUAAAGCCAAAGCUACAGCUUCCACUGGUCUAGAUGAGUUCACCCGCAGGGGUGUGUUUUGGUCAUUGUAUAUCAUGGACCGAUAUCUCUCUGCCGCUCUUGGGCGCCCAAUGAUGAUAACUGAUGACGACAUCACGAUACCAUACCCAGAGCCUGCGCUGUCAUCCUCGAAUGGAAUAGACGAUCCUCAUGAAGCUAAGACCGUCCCCGGAAUCGUUGCACACAUAAAGCUUGCUAGGAUCACAUCGCAAGUACUCAGGAAGCUUUAUGGCUCUAAGAAACAUGACAAGGUCGCCCGAAAUGAGUCGGUUUCCCAAAUCGAAGUACAGCUCAGCCAGUGGUUAGAUGAAACCCCAGGAUUCUUCAACCCGGAAAAACAAUCAGACCAGAAGGAAAGCGAAGUCUUUUAUGAUGUUCCCUGGAUAUUCAAGAGGCAACAACGCACUAUUCGUGCAGCUUUCUUCUUCACGUCCAUGCAGCUUUACCGAGGGUACUUGUUGGACGAGUUUCUUCAAGCAAAUUUUCACGAUCGGCCCGCCUUAACCCCAGAGCCACCGAUACAGAAAUGCAUACAGGCCGCGUUGCAAAUGGCGUUCUUUGCCGCAGAGAUCAAAGACGAUGUUACAUACAACUCGGUCUUUUGGACAACGUCUUACUUUACCUUCUGCGCAAUCUCAAUCUUGACAGUAUAUCUUACCUUAUACCCGGAGAUCGAAAACCGUGCCGUCAUUGAGAGUGUCUUGGAGCGGGCGAUAGAGGGCCAUCGAAAGCUUGACAACAGCAUGAAUAAACAUUCUCAGAAAUUACUUGAACUCUGUCGACCCACGCUAGAGCCACGGGAAGAAUGGGAGGAUACACAAGGCGUAGUGAACAACAUUGAAGAAGGUCCGGUCCCUGAUGUGUUUGAGCUUGCAGACAUAGUCAAUGGUGAUGACCUAGAUUUCAUCAUGGAUAUCGGCUUUGAUGCCUCCCCAUUCAAUCAUAUCGACCCACUUCAAUAUUUCGCUGCCGAUAGGCUUUCAAGGCCAGGGCCGCAGGCGUGA